UCCCUCUGCUCUGCAUUCCUUUCAUAUUGCUAUUCCGCUGGAGUUCAAGUAGCCCAAGUUUUGGGUAUAUCCAAGUUCGUUGGAUGCUGAUAUCCUUCUUGUUGGAGCACAAGAAGGAUAUCUGAUAUCCUUCUUCAUUCUGAGAAAGUUGACAUGUGGACCCAAGCUCGAUCACCCCUUGAGAUCGAUGCCUUCCUACAAAAUCAGAGCGAGAAGGAGCGGACGAUCGAUGACUGGCUUCCCAUCACCUCUUCACGCAACGCCAAAUGGUGGUACUCUGCCAUCCACAACGUCACCGCCAUGGUGGGAGCUGGCGUCCUCAGUUUGCCAUAUGCCAUGUCAGAACUUGGAUGAGAGCUUCUUCUCAAAUUCAGUUGGAGAUGAUGAGGACAUUUUUCGAAUUGAGGAUCGCAGGGGUCCCGGUAUUGGUGUCCUAGUCAUAUCAUGGGUUGUGACCUUGUACACUCUGUGGCAAAUGGUAGAGAUGCACGAGAUGGUUCCUGGGAGGCGAUUCGAUCGAUACCACGAACUGGGACAAUAUGUUUUCGGCGAAAAACUCGGUCUUUAUGUCGUUGUUCCCCAGCAAUUGGUUGUGGAGGUCGGCGUCUGCAUCGUUUACAUGGUCACCGGCGGCACAUCCCUCAAGAAGUUCCACGACGUCGUCUGCCCUGACUGCAAGCAAAUCAAGCUUACCUUUUUCAUCAUGAUCUUCGCCUCUGUGCAUUUUGUCCUCUCUCAGCUACCCAACUUCAACUCUAUUUCUGGGUUAUCUCUGGCGGCUGCAGUCAUGUCUCUCAGUUACUCUACCAUUGUAUGGGGGGCUACAUUGAGCAAGGGAAAGCAGGAGCAUGUGGAAUAUGGUUACGCAUCUCAUACACCAGGAGGGACUGUGCUGAGGUUCCUGGCAGCGCUGGGAAAUGUGGCAUUUGCGUAUGCUGGCCACAAUGUGGUGUUGGAAAUCCAAGCCUCCAUGCCUUCCACUCCCGAGAAGCCUUCCAAGAUUCCGAUGUGGAAGGGCGUGAUCUUUGCCUACGUUCUUGUGGCUCUCUGCUACUUCCCUGUGGCUCUCGUUGGCUACUGGGCCUUCGGCAACACUGUCGACGACAACAUCCUAAUCUCUCUAGACAAGCCGCCCUGGCUAAUUGCCAUGGCAAACAUGAUGGUCUGCGUCCACGUUAUCGGAAGCUACCAGAUUUAUGCGAUGCCUGUGUUCGACAUGAUGGAAACGGUACUGGUUAAAAGAUUUCGCUUUCCUCCUGGUCUAACUCUUCGCCUAAUCGUACGAAGUGCUUAUGUUGCAUUUACCAUGUUUUUUGGCAUGACCUUCCCCUUCUUCGGAGGACUACUUUCUUUCUUUGGUGGCCUCGCAUUUGCCCCGACCACAUACUUCCUUCCUUGCAUCAUGUGGCUUGCUAUUUAUAAACCAAGAAGGUUUAGCUUAUCUUGGAUCACUAAUUGGAUCUGCAUAGUUCUUGGAGUCCUGUUGAUGAUCAUGGCUCCAAUUGGUGGAUUGCGAGAGAUCAUCGUUACUGCGAAGAAUUACACGUUCUACUCAUAAAUUAGACUGGUCUUGAUUUGGAAAAGAUUUUGGUGAUGAUUUAUAGAAAAUCAAACUUCAUGAAAAACAUAAGAGAUUUGUAUUUCGAGAUUAUUA